GGAACCGUUAGUUGGCGCGUAGCUUUACCACAAAAUUCCAAGAAUUCCGCCGAGACUGUUCUGUUUGUAGCUGUUUCAAGUUGUCUCAGGGACAUACGAAUCAUUUUUUUUUUACUCCGCGUCACGAUUUUAACCCAGAACCGAGUUUAGUUACAUGUAUAUUAUUAUUAGAUAAAGAAGUAUCACGAAUACUUCAGUUGAAUAAACUCCGCUUGGUUUUUGGGUGAGGAUUUGUGGAAAGUAGAGUGCGCGAUAACGGUAACUUUCGACCCGGACUUUCGCCAUGUUCCGCAGCAACUUGGAAAGCAGUGGCGCAGCAGCAGUAGGUUUUAAAAAUCCCCCUUCUUUGACUCUGAUUGGAAAGAUUUUCUGCCCGCAGGAUAAUUUUUCUGCUUUUCACGCAAGAGGAGGACUCAACAUGUUGGGCCUGCAAGACAUGUACUUGGACACCAGUGGAGCCAACUCGUCGGCCACUUUGAGUCCGCCCAGCACCCCUCUUACGCCGCUGACCCCCGACCCGACGACGGCUGCUCAAACGACGCACUUUCCUUUUCUGGCCGACAGCGCAGCCGCCGCCAAUACACUCCUGCUACAACGACAGUACCACUACCACUUGCUGCUCCAGCAGCAGCAACAACAACUGGCCCUCGCGCAGCACCAAUUGGCGCUGGCUGCAUCAGCGGCAGCGGCUAGUGCGAAUCACCAGCAAAAGGACGAGAUUGCGCGAUCCUUGAAAAUUUUUGCGCAGGUGACGACGGGCGCAGCAGAAAAUGCGGCUGGGUCGGUGCAGGACGUGAUGCAGGAGUUCGCAACCAACGGCUAUGCGAGCGAUGAUCUCAGCCGCUUUUCCUACGGGAGUACUCCGCCACAGCCGCAGACGCCACCGCCAUCGCAGCAACAGCAGGGGAUGCAUCUGCCACUGGGCCGCAGUCCUGUCCAGCUGCAGUCCAAUGGAGCGAACUUAAUGUCAAAUCCACUCGCUACCCAUUGGCUGAACAACUACCGCGAGCAGCUGAACAACGUGUGGCGGAACAUGUCUUACAUGCCAGCCGCCUCCAGUACAGUGGGCUUGCAGGCCCAGGCUCAGGCUCAGGUCCAAGCAGCGGCCACCGUGUCUCCCAAUCUCGGCGUUGGAAUGGGUCUGGGAUUGCCCGUGCAGGCCGACCAACUGCGCGGAGCUUCUAAUCCCACUAACAACAAUAACAAGGUGUACAAGCGAUACAACAGCAAGGUCAAAGAGAUCAGCCGCCACUGCGUUUUUUGUGAAAAUAACAAUGAACCAGAGGCGGUGGUCAACAGCCACACAGUGCGAGACAACUUCAACCGAGUGCUGUGCCCCAAACUACGCACCUAUGUGUGCCCUAUCUGCGGGGCAUCUGGGGACUCGGCGCACACUAUUAAGUACUGCCCCAAGAAACCGAUCAUCACCAUGGAGGAUGCGAUCAAGGCGGAAUCGUUCCGCCUAGCCAAGAGCAGUUACUACAAGCAACAGAUGAAGGUUUAGAGGGCAAAUCCAGCAGGAGCAGAAGCUCUGGAAGCUUUUGUAGCGUUUAUAUAACAAGAAAUAUAUAUACGCCUUCCGAUCAAAGCUGGGUUAACCAGAUAGACAAUACGUUUAAAUAGCGCCUGGCGCGUUCGAUUUUAAAGAGUUUUAGAGACUUAUCUCGUGCCUAUAGUUCUUAUAGUAUAGACAACGAACGAUCACUCAAAUCACAGUCAAUAAUUCAAAUAUUUAUGUCUGUUUCUGUGAAAAGGAAACUAAUUUUGUAAUAGAAGACUCACAAUAUCGUAAUACUUGUUCAAUCGUCGUGGCCGAUAGAAACAUCUCACAAUCCGAAAGUUGAUCAAUGGAAUUGGUCUGCAACUGGUCGCCCUCAUUUUGUCAAAUGCUCGUUUGCGGCCGAAAAAUUUCGAUAUAUCUACAAUUGAUAUACAAUCUGUACUAAAUUUUGAAAAAGAACACUUUGAAUUUCGAACUGUCAUUCGUAUCAUUAGAAUUUAAUUUAAAACUUGCUUAAGGAAAGAGCAAGGAACACUUUCGUUGAAAUCGGCUACACUUUCAUUGUAAAGUUUUAAAUUUGACAAUCUGCAUUUUUUGAUAGAUAAGCGAAAAGUAUUUUUAUUAUAUGUAUCGCAACAAUUCAUUCCAAAACACAUAUCUAUAUAUAUAUAUGUUAUAUAUUUA